AUGCCACCGCGGCGCGUCAAAAUCAAGGGCCUACCCGCGUCACGUCCCUCCGUCUUAAGUCCUCUCCCUCGCUCCGCCUCUCUCACCUCCACAUCCGCGCCUGUCGUCUCCGCGUUUCUCGGCGCGCUCGGUCGCUACCGUCGCCUGCUGCUCGUGCUGCUCCUGCUCGCGCUCUCCAACAUCGCAGGUGAGUCUCGACUCAUUUGCUGCCGCCCUCAGUCCCCACCUCCCUCACUCGCUACCCCCCUCAGUCCCCACCUCCCUCACUCGCUACCGCCCUCAGUCCCCACCUCCCUCACUCGCUACCGCCCUCAGUCCCCACCUCCCUCACUCGCUACUGCUCGCUACCGUCGCCUGCUGCCCGUGCUCCUCCUGCUCGCGCUCUCCAACGUCGCAGGGUACUACUACCCGGUGCUCUGGUUGCCAGCCCGCCGUGCGACGCUGCUGGCGACCCGCGCGACGGUCCUGUCGCAGUGGUGGGGGAACGUGUCGCAUCCGUCGCAUCCGUCGCUAGGCAAGGAAGAGGGCUACGAGUUGAGGAGGAUUAUUUCCAGCGACGAGGCGCUUGGGGAAGGGGAGAGGGUAGGGGGACGGGGAAGCGGAGAGGGAGGGGGAAAGGGAAGAGCAGAGGGAGUGGGGAGGGGAAGUGGAAGGGGAGAGGGAGGGGGAACGCGGUUGAUACGAGCAGAGGAUUCACAGCAUGUGAGAGACGUCCCCGUUACUGUGUAUAAGAAGGGGACUCGCAUAGGGAAAAAAGACGAGGCAGGAGGAGAGGCAAGGAGCGGAUUGCAACGGCUAAGAGAGGGAGGGGGAGGGAAAAGGGGAAUGGAAGGGCAGAGGGGAGAGAAACUGGGAGGUUUAGAGACGAAUAAAGGCGGAGGGAGGGGAGGAGGAGAGGAGGAGAGGGGAGGAGGAGAGGGAGAGAGGGGAGUAAGUGGGUCGGGGGAGGGACAGACGGGGGAGGAGGGUGGGGGAAGGGCGGAUGAGGCUGUACACGUGGAGCAGUGGGAUUGGCAGAGAGAGUACCUGGAGGACGUGGCGAUCCGUGUGUCCCAAGAGAAGCUGUGUCGCGGGAUAUUCCCGAGGGACGUUGCAGCAGAGGAGGAGGAUGAGAAAAGCCUGCCUAUCUCCCGCCUGGCCCACCUCUCCCGCCCAUCACUCCGCUCGCUGGUCUUCCUGGCCCGCCACGGCCUCGGCAACUCCCUGCGUGGCUUCGUGUCCGCCUUCGUGUUUGCACGCCUGUCAGGGCGACACCUAGUCACCCUGCACGCGGGGGAGCACCACAAGGUGUAUGACCUGCUGUGCCACGCGAAUGCCCUCGCCUCCACCCAUCCCAUAUUCGGGGCUCGCACCGGCUCUCACUUUGACCUCUUCUGGCAUCGCAACGACACUCUCAGGAGCUGCGUCUAUGCUGCGUUCAAGUGCAGCUCCCUCUGGUGCGUGCAUUCCCGAGCCAUGUUCGCACUCAUCGGCCAAAGGGGACCUUCCAAGAAGCUUCUCACCACCAUCUCCGCAAUCCUGCACCAAUCCACCCCUCCUGGCCAACCCAUUUCCUCCAACCCCUCCUCUUCUUCUACUGUUGUUGCUGCUGCCAGUGCUGCUAGUAAUGCAGCGACCACCACAGCAACCGCAGGACCCUCAACCCCUCCCUCCUCCGUCCCCGCUCUCCCUCCCUUCCUCCUUCUGCCACCCAACAAGGCAGUAGCUUUCUUUGAUAUAGCACUGCAUGUGCGCACACGCUCUCUAGCAGUAGAGAAAGCGGUGAAGGGCGAUACAGAGGGGUACCUCAAAGGGGAGUGCGAGGACUGGGACCGAGCCGCAGUGGUCCGGCCACCGUACCUGCGCACGUGCCUCCUCUCGGAGCGGUGUAUUUCUCAGCAGGAGACAUCUACCACACGUCUAAAGCAAGCCCUGGGAGCCUCGAUAGAGGCCUCCCCACUAUGGCAGAGUUUUUCAUGA